AUGUGUUUUGGUUCCCGAAAGCUUGUCCCACCAGGUGCCUCGCCGCCGCAGUCUGAUCGACAAAGGUAUCACUAUGAUUACUGUGAAAUGCCUUUCAACCCACUCCCUUCAGGGUACACCUUCAACCCCUACGUCUCUUCACUUCAGCCAGCUCAAGUCUAUCUUGUAGGUGUGUUCUUGUCCCAGAUAGUCAACUUCACUACUCGACCACAAUCGUGGAAUCCCUUCGACCCCCUUCCCACAAUUUCAGCCCUGGUAUUCCCGCAUUGGGUUCUUCAAGAAGUUCGAUCUGAAGUCUUCAACUCGCUGCCACCCGAUCUGUUCAAUCCGGAUGGUGUCACUCUACUCCUACAGUGUCCUCCAGAGUUUGUCGAACAGCUGCAUCAACAAGCCCAAAAUAUGAAUCAGACUUAUUCUGAGGUGAUGUACUUCGGAUGGGGACGCAUGCCGAUCUCAGAGAGCCCCUGA